UUGUGUCGCGAGAUCGGAGUCUUGUCGCGGGAUAUUGAAACGAGAACGUAAGAGACGAUCGGGAACGCGACGAUAUACAUGUACGUAACACAAUCAGCCGACGUGAAUCGCGGUCUUAUCUUUAUCAAACGGACAUCUUGCAAGAAUGUGAAAAAUUAGAUUAGAUUAAGGCAAGAAUUGGCGUUUCUCCGUCAGAUUUAAGAGGGUAUAAAAUCGAUGCGAAGACUGAUCUAGCAUGAAAAUCGAGAGCGAACAUAGAGAAUAAUCUUGAGGAGCAGACGCGAUCGAUGAAAAUUUAUAUCGCGAAAAAACAACGCAAAGUGAUCGACGGGAAAGCGAUAUCGAAUGUCGACGAGAAAAAAUAAUUAAAGAGAGUGUACGAAUAAACGGAUAGCGAAGAAUAAACGCGAGGCGCGAAUAUACGCGCGAGUCGAGAUAAAACCUUCGUGCGCCCCAAUUUGAUCGACAGUCCGGCGAAGGAAUCCGAUGACAAGCGGCACACAAUUUUGCCCGCGGGGCUAAUAUGCCAUUAAUUAGCCGGCGGAGCACGGGGAUGAAAGAGCAAGAGAAGGAACGUAGAGUGCAAGAAACUAGUAAUAGACUGAACGUGGACAACUUGCAGCGGCAACUUCACGCUCUUGCGACAGGUGCGAGUUAUUACGGCGCGGCCGCCUCUUCUACCCCGCACGGUGAUAAUAACGUGCACGAUUCUCAUUAUCCCGACCAAGUGCGCCUCGUCGCCCGACGUGUCGUUGUCUAACGUAAGAGAUAUUUACGUGCGUUUACUAUCGAAGUAUACUGCUCGCGAACUCACGAACUCCGAGGCCUGAAAAUAGAAAGACGAAAGAACGAGGUGAAGUACACGCUUUUCUUUUCGUCUCAAUCGACAUUCGAACUAUUAUCUCUCUCCUCAUUUAUUAUUUCGUUUCCUGUUGAUCGAAGAUCCGCCGCGAAACAGACGACGAGAAGUAUCUGGACGGUUAUACGACGAGACGAACAGCGCGGCGACAAGAGAGUCUGCUCUUGUUUCCCCCGACGGGAAAGAUUGUAUCGGAAAAUCGAAUCGGGCGCGUGUGUAUGUGUGUGCAUGGGUGGUGCGUUCGCUCGCGUGCGAGAGAGUUUGUGUCGGUGAGAGCGGGUCAGUGAACGAUUGCGCGCCGCCGCCGUCGCGAGAGCAACGAGAGAAGGAAGGGUAUCUCUCUUUCCUUCUCCCUUUUCCUCUCUCGGCUUCGACGCACGUAUAUGCACGUGCGAAAGCGAGGAGAAACGCGCGCGUGCGCCCCAGCCGGUGUGUACUCGGCGCCCUAACGCGCACACACGCACGUAUACACACCCAUACGCCGGACGUCGCGUAUCGCGCCCGCGCGCAAUAUAUAGAACCUUACAGGUGCGCGAGUAUGCGCGGACACACGCGCGCGCGAUAGAGACGACAGCGCGCAUCCGAAGAGGAGCAGCGGCAUAAGAAGGAGGAACAGGAGGAGGUGGAGGAGGAGUUGGAGAAAAGGAGGAGUAGGAGGUGAAGGCAGAGGUGGAGGUAGAGGAAAAAGAAGAGAAGAAGCCAGUGACACCGGGAGGGUCGGUUGUUCCUGGUGUGUAAAGCGGCCACACCGGGGGAUACACCUAUAUAUAUCUGUGUGUACGUGCGCGCGCGAGGAACCGCGUGUGCGAGGAGAUCCGCGGAUAUAAGCGAAGACGGUGCGCGCGCGAAAUUCUCUCCCUCCCUCUCUCUCUCUUUCUUUCUCUCUCUCUCUCUCUCUCUCUCACUCUCACUCUCUCUCUUUUGCGAACAGGGGAAAGAAAAAAAAAAAAAGGAAAACAAAAGUUCGGGCGAAAAGAAAUGCGGGUUCGUUGACUGCGCGCCGCCGUCGCGCGAUGGCCGCAUGCUCGUGCCCGGUGCUGCUGGUGUAUAGUGUGCGCGUGACAGGAGCGACGACGACGACGACGAUCAGGGCGCGACCGGCGGUGUUGGUGACGACGACGACGACCUCGACGACAGAGGAGAUGCCGGCUGCUGCGCGCUGGUCGCACGACGAUAGUCAAGUCGAGAAGCAGUGAAUCUCUAUCGCAGACUUCACUCCGGGGUAUUCAACGGCUCGCAUCAUCACCGGCAUCGGCGGACGGCAACUGCGGGGAGCAACGGCCGCUGGUAAAUCCGUCGACGAGAUUUACGAGAAAAAAAGCGUGCAUUCAUCAGAUCGCAUGAAACGAAGAGAGAUAGCGAAUUGAAAAAUUUCUUGAUUUGAGUGUAAAACUUUGCGAUCUAUAUCCUUUCGCGUGUAUUCGUUCGAGCAUUCGUUCUUUCAAAAAGUUUGACGUCGAAAAACUGUCACACUGCUCCUUUAAUGCAUCCACGGAAUCCAACACGCAAUGUAACACAUUGUACAACGGGCUUAAAGUUCUGAUGUCCAAAGACCGAUCGGUUCUAUCAGAGAUAUCUCAAGAGCUUUCUCGAUUUUACCGAGAAAAGACUUCUCUCAAGAAGACUAUCACAAUUCAACGAGACGAACGUUUACUGUGUCCAGAAUCCUGCAAUCCACGCUCUACGAUCAAACUCAGUCGUCACGUAUAGAUUGACUGUUGGAAAAAACAUUACGAGGAAUUGCACACCUCAUAGUCGUCCUCGUAGACGUUAAGAUCGAGUUGCGAUAACCAAUACACUCAAGAUUCGAUCACGACCGCUGAAUCAUCCACCUUUAAAGUCUGGAUUCCGUUCGGUAUCUGCAUUCUUUCUCGACAAGAGAGACUUCGCGAUCGUUCACCGUGUGAGACGAAUCGUUAUCGGCACGGGUUUCCGUAAAUCGCUCUGUUAUUAUUAUUAUAUACGCGAUCUACUGUCGAGUGCGCGUUCGUGCCGAGUAGCAGGCUCGUUUUGAUCGUCGAUGAACGUGAUUCGGUGCCGAGAAAGUGAAGCUUUAAUUAACUCGCGUGUGGCGAUCACGUUGUCUACGUGCCACAUUGUCUAGGAGGCGGAUCGCCCAUUUGGAAGACCCAACCGAAGAGGCGGCCAGCUGUUAAUCGGCAGCCACCGCGGUGGACAUGAUUAUUUCAAAGGAUCUCUUCCUCCUUGGCGAUCAGGAUUAUCUGCGCCUUCCCGUUAACGAGAAGCGCCAGCAACGGGCAAUGGGCCGGCCGAUCAUCAAUGCUCCCAGAGUGGAAAGCUCAGCGUUGCAGUUGGUGUGCCCGCUGGAUUCUCGUCCGGUGCAGUUAAUCUUCCGAGGAUUGCAGGUGGUCAAGGAGAAGCGAGUGCUCCUUCGAGAUGUUUCGGGAGUCGUCAAGCCAGGCGAAUUAUUGGCCGUUAUGGGCCCUUCAGGCUGUGGUAAAACAACACUGUUGAACUGUUUGUCCGGCCGUGUUGGCUUGGACGGCGGUGAGAUUUGGCUGAAUCGCGAGAGGCUCACCAAGCGAUGGCGCAGAAGAAUCUGUUACGUACAACAGCAGGAUGUUUUUUUUCCCGAUCUCACCUUACGACAGACACUCGAGUACCAGGCGAGGCUGAGGCUUCCGGACACGCUCUCAUACUCGCAGAAGAUGCAGUGCGUGGACCAUAUCAUCGAGGUCCUCGACCUCGCGGCCUGCCAAGACACCAUUAUUGGAGAUUACACGAAGCGGGGACUUUCUGGUGGUGAAAAGAAGAGGACGAGUAUAGCCUGCGAAUUACUCACAAAUCCCUCAUUAAUGCUACUUGAUGAACCCACGAGCGGACUCGACUCACACUCGGCCCAGGCAUUGAUCUCGCGGUUAAAGAAGUAUGCCGAGCAGGAGGGUAAGAGCAUCGUGGUGACGGUACACCAACCUAGUUCCAGGAUGUUCCACAGUUUCAGUAAGCUUCUUUUACUGAGCCGCGGUCAGGUAGCAUACUACGGUUCGACGGCGAAUAUCGGCAGAUUCUUCUCUACGAUAGGGCUUACGUUGCUGCCGCAUUACAACCCCGCAGACUUUAUUCUGGAACAAAUAAAGGGACCGGAGGAAGUUCGAGAGCGCAUCGUUGCCGCGGCGAGAGCUGCAAGACAGGGACCUGACUGCCCACCGGAACUUCGUCCGGAGUAUAAUCCCAGCCAACAUCCGCUCUGCGACCAUCUCAUCCAUUAUCACGAGCACCACAUCAGCCACAACGUGAAGGAAGACGAAGGCCGUACACUAUGGUUGGAUACACAAAGCCACGCCAGCAGCAGCGCGAGUUCUGCUGAUGACGACUAUUCCUGGCAAUGGCCCACCAGUUUUUGGUCGCAGUUCAAAGUAUUAUCGGAAAGGAAUUUUCAAGAAGCACGACCACGGAUGUUGUCGCGUUUGAAUUGGUUGCAGACGGUAGCUCUAGGAUUACUAGCCGGGCUUUUAUGGCUGGGACUCCCUAGAACUGAAGCAGCCCUUCACGAUAUUCAAGGGUGGAUGUUCUUCAGUACCACGUACUGGAUGCUUUUUGCACAUUUUGGAGCACUCUCUAGUUUUCCCCCGGAGCGCGAGGUGAUCAACAAGGAGCGCCUGUCAGGAUCCUAUCGGCUCUCGGCCUAUUACCUAGCGAAGAUGGUCGGCGAGCUGCCGUUGACGAUAACGCUGCCCGCAGUCUACCAUAUAAUUAGUUACCCGAUGUUGGGCUUCCACAAUCUGGCGGUCUUCGUCGCGUUGCUCGGGUAUUUGCUGCUCAACACCAUAGUCGCGCAGAGCGUUGGAUUUUUUGUGGGCGCUUGCUGCCUGGAUCUGCAGGUGAGCAUCACCGCGUCCGCGCUUUACACGCUGGCGACGCAACUCCUGGGUGGUUAUUUAGCGACGUCGGUCCCACCGUGGUUAGCAUGGGCCAGAUACGUCAGCAUGGUGCACUACGCCUAUCAGAACAUGCAGAUUCUAGAGUUUGACUACGGUGCACCUAUCACAUGCUCGCAGCCGAGUAAAUUCGCUGAAUGCAGAAACGGCACGACGAUACCCGUUGACGCGAUUCUGGAGAGUCAAGGCGGGGUCAGAGGCUCCAGUCUACCACUUUGGGCGAACACGGCGGUACUCCUGGCGUUUCUGAUCGUUUUCCGAACCCUGGGCUAUCUCGUCCUGCGUUAUUAUCGUGUACCAAAAUGAGCGUGUCGGGAGUAGCACGCAAGUAGCACGAAAAUUCUCCACGCGAAUCUUCAGUUUUAUGACUAUAGAAGUAUAUAUAUAGUUAUGUGCCACGUGUCUCGCUUUUAUCGGGAAAAUAAGGGCCGUACGUUUCUCUGCCCUCUUCCUCUCCCCUGGCAUUCUUUCGAUCUAUCGAACGUCUAUAAACUUUUUUUCUAUCUGCCUCGUAAACGCGUGGGAGUGGCGCGAAUCUGUUGUCACACGAAUGUGCUAACAUUGUCAUUUUUCCCAACGGGCACGUAUCGAGGAAACGCGCGACGUAAAACGCGAGACUGCAAA